CUGGUCAGCAUCUGCAAGAGGAAUAAAUUCCGGUAUGCCUGUCGAGGCGACAGGUUCGGGGAUGUUAGUUGCGGCAGCUUCGGAAGCUUCAAAAACUGCCUCGUCCUGUACAUCAGCUUCGGCUUCGUCAGUUGCAAAUGCACGCGAGCCUUCGAACAGCCUGGCGGGGUUGGCAGCUGCUGCUUGGUGGGCACAAAAAACGGGCAAGGUUAGUCUUUGAUAGAAGAGACAAUCAUGUGAAGGGACGAUAUGGUUGGAACGAAGAUCCAAAAUCUUCCAUGCGUGCUACUGUUUUCGAUGCCGAGGUGUACCCCCCAUUUUGCUCGUUCGGAAAAUUUGCCGAGUGCUGCAGUUGGAGGACGAAACUGCACGACACACCCGAAAACUUGUAAAGGUUUGGUACUUCUCACUGUUCGUGUCCAAUGCAGGUGUGGAGAACUCCGGCAGGGACGUAGAAGAAAGAAGGUUGUGUAACUUCACGGCGUGGUCCAUCGCAUACGGCCAAAAGCGAGGAGGAAGAGCUGCCUGCGUCAGCAGAGCACGCAUCUUCUCUUUCAGAGUCCGAUUCAUCCUUUCUGCUACCCCCAUCUGUUGGUGUGCAUGCGGCAGUGACUGCUUCCGUUUGAUGCCGAGGGUCUGAAGGUAUUCUGUGAAAGUGUUGCUCGUGUACUCCCCUGCACCAUUGCUCUGGAAUUCUUGCAGUUUCACGCCAGACUUUCUUUCAGCGACGGCGAGCCAUGCGACAAAGACGGAAUGGGCGAGAUAUCGAGCGGGAAGGUUUGCUGUCCAGACGUAGUGAGUAGAUGCUUCGAUGAAUGUUAUCACGUACUGCUCGUCUUUAGGACCUGCUUCAGGUAAGUUAAGAAUAUCGCUGUAGACUUUCUGCAUCAGUUUGUAACGUGUGGAGCCAGGAAAGUGACUUGGAAACAGAUCAUGGGUAAGAUUAGCGACUGGACACGGUAUGCAAACCGUGGGACGGGACUGCGGCUUCAUCUCCAUGCCGUCAGGUAAAAGAAGACUGUUUUUAUCAAGAACUGCUGCUCGUAUUGAAUGAUUAAGAAUCCCUUACGAUGGAUGUCCUAACCGCUGAUGCCAGAUAUCUUCUGUGUCUUUGUGUCCUGAUGAUCGCAGGUAGAAAUCAGCGUUAGUAUAAAAUGAAGAAAUGAUAAAACGAGAAAGCACUGGUGAUCUGUCCAUCUCUCCUUCAACGAAACGUGUGUUCCUGCGACAGCUACUGUUGGACGCAGCUGCUCGGCGACUUCUUUCUUUUCGGUUUCUUCAACGACGUCAGGUUCAUCAGCUGCAAGUCCACUAAUUUCUCCCCAAAGUGGAGGUGGAGUCCCUUGAAGAGCCUCGCAAGUGUUAUAAAAUGUUCGCCAAGCGUUGGCGCAUGCAUCGGCGGUACUGAACUCCCAGUUAUCCAGUGCGGGACCAAGUGCAAGGACGCGUUCAGAAUCUCUAGAAGUUCCCUGUGCUGCGAACUGAAGAACGGACAUGCCAUGUUGAGUGACGGCACGGCCGAGGAGCUGAGCCAUGGAGAGAAGAUAGAAGCCAAGUCCAGCGAUGAUAAGAACAUUGGUAUCGGACGACGAAGCGGGCGUUGGUUGGUGAUGAAGCUUGUCUCAGCGGAGCACAUGUGCCAACCGCAGCAGCUGUCGAGAUACCAAGUAUUUGGACCUGAAAUUAUUCGAGCAAGACCGGAGGACGAUGCUGUGACGGCGACGGAUUCUGCGGCGUUUUCGGCAUCUGCUGCGUCUGGGCCGUCGACUGCUGCGUUGGCUGAUGUGACUUCGGUAACUGCUGCGAGCGAUGAUAAGGUUGUGAAGUGCUGCGUCAAUUCUGGUCGAGAUCUUGCUGUUCUGCUUGAAGAUACGACAAAAUUUCAGCUUCGGAGAGGUUUGGAUUCAUGCGCAGGAAGGCGCGCGUCUGUCGCCAUUCGGGUCCAAGGCCAGCAAGAAGGACCGUGAGAUACAUCUCACAAGGGAAGUAUCUGUCACAGGAUCGAAUGUCCCAAGGAAAGGUUUGCUCAAUGUUGCACUAUCAUUCAGUACAAGGGUUUAAGAAGCUGGUAUGGAAGGCGGUAUGGAUCUUCUAAGUGGCUGGUAGGCGGAAGCGGAAGUUGACUGAAGUGGCCCUUGCUUCAACGAUGAUAGACCCGCAGAAGCAAGGUUGAAGCUUGGAUGGAAGUUGGCUGAUGUCGAGAUUAUGGUGUGGAUGACUGUAAUGAUAAGGGGUCAAGUGCUUGUGCUGAUGUUGGAUGUCCAAGAGGGCGCUUGUGUGGUCGAUGUACAAGAUGAACCAUGCGAGGGGUUGGAACCAUAAACGCGGAGCUGGUAACUUCCAGAAUCAGCGCCAAGUAGUUUCCCUCGGUGGUUGCUCAGGCAAGGAAUCUCAGCUGCGUAGAUAUCCCAUGGUGAUGGGUUAGGAUAUCUGGGAACGUUACGGGUAUUCCCAAGUAAUCCUCUCCCAUUUCCAAAUGAGCAUUGGUGACAGCCAAUCCAGUAUGACCUUAUGCGCUUCCAGUUUAGCACGGAGGCCAUUGGUAGGCAUCGGUGUCUGGGCGCACAUAUUGGGAUAGGUCUUCUGGUGCUAUCAUGUGUUGUCUUAUUCUGCCACUGUCCUUGAAGUAGCGUUGCAGUCGAAGACGUCUCGGCUACUCAGCAUCGGUGUUGAAGUCUGCUCCAUUUCGGCAAACAGGGGUGUUGUUGGAGAUACGCGGAGUCCACUGUCCGGAGUGGCGUCGGCGCUCCAUUCCACGCCUAUCUGCUUCCGUGGAGCUGGUGCUGGUGAUGGAUUGGUUGCGACGCAGGUUUUAUGACUUUAAGGAAAGCCAUAGGCCAUGAGGACUGUAUAUCGGUAGAGCACCGUGGUCCUCCCAUCCCCAUAAGAGCAAAUAUCUGAUGCUCUUGAGGGUAUAUGGCAUUGCCAUGUUGUUUCCUCGCAUAGUGGUAUCUCCUUCCCACUAGCUGGAAAUCAAUGUAGUGCCUGGCCGGGUCUUUACGAUCCACUGGAAUAUAAUCCAGCAUUAUAUCCAUUGAGCGGAGAAUCAUCCAUCAGGGUUUGGAUAUGAAUGUUGUGUCGAGUCUUCUGCUGCGGCGGCGGUGGCGGUUGCGACGAUGGCGACGGCGGCACCUGCUGCAGAGAAUUCUCUUAACUCAUACCGGUUGAAGGAGAAUCCAUCAACUCCCCCUUCCCAGUAGAGUGUUCCUGAUGGGUGUAACAGGCGUAACUACCAGGAACACGUGCACAUUGGUACACAUGUGUUGCUCCAUUGCUGCCGGUGAUUGUUUCAUUUGAGGGUGUGAAGAGAAAUUUGCUUCUCCCCUCAAAGUAUCCACGGGUAGCAAUUCCUGGUAUGCUCAUCCGUGCCUCCGAUGUACGGUCGGUAGAGCGCGUGAUCGUGUUGUAGUAGUCCGCAUCUCCCUCAUUUGUUGACACCUCGUGUUCCUUGACGUUCUCCUGCAUCGUCGAAGUUACGUUGGUGCUUGUAACGCUUCGGCUUCUGGUCAUUAACACCUGGAAUCGCGACGCAUGAUUGGUGUGUCGCCUCGUGAGGUCGAUGUUGAGACUUCUCCAAUCAAUCACCUCGGAUGGCUGAGAUUCUUGAUGAAAACGAAUUGUUCAGCUCCUGUUACGAAGUAGUGUCUCGCUGGCCUUGACGAGACGGGUUCACUGCGUCGUCGUUGCGUGCGAAAUCUGCUCCUUUGCAGCAACUUGAACUUGGGAGCAUUGCAAGAGAAAACGGCUACUUCUCUGCAAUCCCAUAACUUGUCGAUCAAUUUGUAUGAAAAAGUGUCUCGUGGAUGGAGAACAUGUCUUCACGCAGCUCCAUUGUUUUUCCUGGGUGAAGAUCCCGUCGUGUUGAUGUCGAUCUGUUUUUAACGAAGAUGACUUCGUCAAAAUAACUCGAUCGUUAUCGACACCAGUCAGAAGAUGCGUCGAUUGUGCAGUCGCUGGUACCGAAUGUUGUCUCCAUGAUGAUGAUUUCCCAUAGUGUAGUCUCUGCUGUAUUCGUGCCGUUGAUUCCGCACCGAUCCGACGAUCCACGUUCUCCUGUUGAUCCCGUAGUGUACGGACGCGGUUGACGUGAUCCAUGAUGUUCUCGUUUGUCAUCAUCUGCACACUUGUUAACUGCGAAAGAAUCUUACUCACUGUUAUUGUAUCUUUUGCCAUGUAAACCCCCUUCAAGUGGUUCCAUGCAGUUUCAGCUGGUGUAAAGCUUGAAUGAAACGAUCAGAUACCGAACUGCUCCUUCGGCGAUAGGUUCCGUACAAGUACUGUAUACGCACCGAGAGAGGCGUGCAAAAAACUCUGCUGAUCUAGUUGUGUUCCCACAACAGGAUAAGUAAACUCACCGGUGAAGAACGGCCAUAGCCCAGCGGACUGCGCCAGAAGCUCAAACUCGAAGGUCCAGGAGUAAAAAUCAACUCCAUUA